GCUAUAUGUACAGAAGCUGGAAUGUUGGCACUUCGCGCUCAACGCAAAUUUGUCUGCUUGGAAGAUUUUGAUAGAGCUAAGGAUAGAGUUAUAAUGCAGAAGAAAAACGAAGCGCCAGCAGAAUUUUUCUUAUGA